CGUUCAUUCGUCUUUAUGAUAACGACUUAAAGUUUGGCAUCACACGUGGUCAACUAUGGCGCUCUCCAUGAGACAAGAAGAUGUAAAACAAGUACCAUGGUUUUCUCUCGCAGAAUGGCACCAAGUGCACAAGCAGAUAUAUUCCAAUGAUAUCAAUGAACAGACCAAAGGUUAUGAAAUGCUACUUGCAUGGCAAGCAAGUGUUUUAGAAUACCAAAAUUGCCAAUAGGCAUUGACUGUACUCUUUCAAUUAUGCAAGUAUGUGUUAGAGACCGUGAAUGGACCCCUAAAAUUAACAAUGGCGAGUUGCCAAUUACCUAUGAAAAUGACUUAUGUCUGAUGUAUUCAACUACAAUAAUGAGAAUUUUAAAUCAUAUAUCUAACAUAGGACACACAAAGCAAACAUCCUUAUUUCAAAUAGCAAAGCAGCUUAAUAUUCCAGAGUGGAUAGUGAAUCUAAGACAUGAUACUGCUCAUGGUUAUGAAAUUCCAUCCAUUGGUGUAUUGAGAAUAGCUGUAAAUAUAUUACUAGCAUGGUUACAUGAAGAAUAUUGGGCAGCUGAAGCUAAAAGAAUGGAAGAGUGUUUGAUUACCGAAGAAUCUAUGAAAGAAGUCCAGAAGAGUGAAGAAGUACAGGAUUUUGAUGAUUUAAUUGAACUCUGGACUUCUGUAAGUUUGUAUAUUCAUGUUGGCUAUCAUCUAGUAUCAAAUGUUCCAGAUCCUCAAUUGAAGGAAACAUUACAAGAUCUGCGUUCAUAUGCUAUCUCUUUAUUACAAAAAAAUAGUGGAAAUAUAGAAAAUAAUAAAGAUAACUACAUAGAGGCUGCCAGUGAUGAUAUAAAAAAUGAUAAAAAGUACACAUUAGAAACUGCAAGAAUUGUUCUUUUAUCUGAAAUAUCUAGGUAUCUUAGUAAAAAGUCUAUACCGGAUAAAAAGGAUAUAGUUUGUAAUACAUUGCUCAGUUCGGAAGUAUUUUUACCAAGCAAAAAUAUGUUAUCAAUUUUUACUCAAAGUGAAAGUAUUGAAAAUAAAUUGGAGAAAGAUGUUUUGCCAUUAGACAUGUUAAAGUUUUGGAAAGAUAUAAUAUUUCUAUUAUAUGAAAAAGAUCUAAUGGAAGUGUUAAUUAUAAAAUUACUCGAAUUAAUAAAAAAUGAAGAAGUAAAUAAAGAAAGGAAAUUGUUAGCUUCUUUAUGGAUAAGUUCUAUAUCAUAUAGUUUUUUGAAAUUAGACAGCGCACAUGACAUAUCUCGAGUUUUAGAAUAUCAGUUAGAAAAGAUACAAAAAAAUUUACCACCAAAAGUUUUUGAACUUAAAGUCAAAGAAGAGACAGAUCGUAUUUAUCCACACUUGAAAUGCGUAUUAUGGUUUAAUUUGUCAGAUACAGUGCUGCCAUGCUUAACUGAUAUGAAAUUUAUUUCAAAGCUUAUAUUAAACAUAAAUGAAUUUUCGCUUAAAUUCAUUGUACCUAUCUUAGAAUUAAUACAUCCAAAAAUAGAUAAUGAAAGCAAACAGUUACUGUUGAAUUUAAUGAAUGCUUAUGCAAUGGUACCACUUGAUAAGAAUGAUACAAAUUUUCCUGAAUACGAACAAAUUUUUACUCUAAAUGAUUUUAAAAAUAGUGAAUGUUUACUAGACAUAAAUAAAGAACAAAAUAAGGUGGUAGAUAAAAUACCUCGAUUUUUAGCUGGUCAAGAAAUUCGAAAUAAUUGGAACUUUGCAGUUGCGACCUAUAAUUGGGCAAAAUGUCCAAUUGGUUUGCUUCCAUGGCAAAAUGAUACACUGGAAUUUAUAAACCCACCCAAUAUCGUAGUACAGAAAUAUGAUGUUUCAGUUUUAGAAUCUGAAAUUGUUCCUGGGAAUAUAGAUAGGGAAAACUUAAAAAUGCAAGGUCAAAUUAAUUGGAACAAUGUUUUGAGACAAAAGAAACGUUUGAAACGAAAACAGGAACGAAGAAAUGCAGAUAUUAUAAUGAAUAAAGCACUGGAAACUGUUAAAAAACGAAAAUAGUACAUUGUAGUCUUGUAUAUUUCAAAUAUUUUAUUCAAUAUUGGCAUGUU